CAGGUCUAACAGACCCCGUAAAAGGAGCAAACCCGUAUAAUAACCGCCGAUUUGAGGGUUUCGGCUCUACCCGGCCGUCUAGCACGCCCCGUAAAAACGGCCCCCGAAUCGUUUUUUGCUGUUUUCGAGUACGGGGCGGGUCGUCGCCCCCUACUUGUGCGGGGUGGGAGCUGGGAUAGUGGGCGAAGCCAGUAUCCCAAUUCCGAAAGCGCGCGCGGACAUUUCAGUUCCCCCCACCCGUUUUCCCCCGCGCGCCGCCGCCGCCACCCGCGCGCCGCCGCCGCAAUCCGUCAGAUCCGCGCCCCUCCGCCGUCCGCCGAGCCGCGUCGAGGUUCGUCGACGCCCGCCGCACCUCCGCCGCACCCCCGCCGAAGUUCCGCGUCCCUCCGCGCGCGCCGCCCGCCCUCCCGCCGUGGUCUUCUCCGCCGAUGGCUUCGGAGGAUGUGCACAUGGCGGAUUUGGACGCGACGUCGACCGAUUGGUCGUCGUCGGAUUCCGACGAUUCGGAUAUCGACGAGUUGCUCAACGACGACGAGACGGAGAUGAUGCUGCUCCUGUUCGGCUUGAAGCAAACGGAGGACCGCAUGAAGCUGCUGGAUCAGCGGAAAGGAUCCGUGAUGGGGCGUAUGUGCAUUCCGCGGAACCGCGCGCUCGGCCACGAACAGCUGAUGCAAGAUUAUUUCGCCGAGGUACCGACCUAUCCUCCCCGCCUCUUCCGUAGACGGUACCGAAUGCGUAGGACUUUGUUCGAGAAAAUCGUCAAAGAUUGCGAGGCAAAUUGCGAUUAUUUCAAGCAAAGAAGAAAUGCUGCCCAAGUCAUGGGAUUUAGCCCAUACCAAAAAAAAUCUGCCGCCAUGAGGGUUAUUGCAUACGGUAUACCAGCAGAUUAUACCGAUGAGUACCUUCGCAUUGGUGUGCAAACAACCACGGAUUGCGUGCGUAUGUUUGCCAAGAUGGUGAUCAAGUUGUAUGGAGAGAAGUAUCUCCGAGCUCCAAAUGAGGAUGAUACAAAAAGGCUCAUGGAGAUCAAUGAAAAGAGGGGGUAGCCGGGGAUGCUUGGUAGUUUGGAUUGCAUGCAUUGGACAUGGAAAAAUUGUCCAAAAGCAUGGCAUGGAAUGUAUUGUGGCAAAAGCCGUGAUGCUACCAUUGUUCUUGAA